UUAUUAACUCAUAAAAGGAAACACUUAAACGCAGCGUUUUGUGUCCCCUCCACCAAUUGUCCAAUCCAACCCACCGUUUAUGGAUCUCGCCCAUCGAAAACAAUGGGCAUGCAUUCCCACGGCAAACCGAGCUCCAAAACCUCAGCUCCCAAAACACCACUCUGCCUCAGCCUCACGUGGAGAAUAAAUUUUAAAAUUAUUUCCCCUCACACUUGACUGAACCCACAAUUAAACACGAAGAAGCUCAAUCUGAUUAUCUCCUACGUAAUCCACCAUGUCGGAGAAGCAGCUGAUCGUGGCCGUUGAAGGUACAGCCGCGAUGGGCCCUUUCUGGCAUACUAUCGUCUCUGAUUACCUCGACAAAAUAGUCAGGUCUUUUUGUGGUAAUGAGUUGGUUGGGCAGAAGGGCUCUACCUCUAAUGUUGAACUCUCGGUGGUCACCUUUAAUACCCAUGGAUCUUAUUGUGCUUGUUUGGUACAGCGGAGCGGGUGGACAAAAGAUGUUGACAUCUUUUUACAAUGGCUAUCAACCAUACCUUUUGCUGGUGGUGGUUUCAAUGAUGCUGCAAUAGCAGAAGGGCUUUCUGAAGCUCUAAUGAUGUUUUCUGCUGCCUCAAAUGGAAGCCAAAAUCAACAAAAUGUGGAUGGGCAAAGGCAUUGCAUUCUGGUUGCUGCAAGUAAUCCUUACCCCUUGCCCACACCAGUUUAUCGACCGCAGAUGCAGAAUAUGGAGCAGAGUGAAAAUAUAGAAACACAGGCCGAAAGUCGCCUAUCUGAUGCAGAGACAGUGGCUAAAUCAUUUGCUCAGUGCUCUGUUUCUUUAUCUGUCAUAUGUCCAAAACAGCUUCCCAAACUUAGGGCAAUCUACAAUGCGGGAAAACGCAAUCCCAGAGUGGCAGAUCCACCAGUUGAUAAUAGUAAAAACCCUCAAUUUCUUAUCCUGAUCUCAGAGAAUUUUAUGGAGGCUCGUGCUUCUCUGAGUCGUUCAGGAGUUACGAAUAUGGCUUCCAAUCAAAAUCCUGUAAAAAUGGACAUGGCUCCUCUUACUUCAGUAACAGGGCCAGCUCCAACUUCUAUUCCAUCAGCGAAUGGAUCCUUGAUGAGCCGACAACCAAUUUCUGUUGGUACUGUUCCUACUGCUACUGUAAAAGUUGAGCCAAGCACUGUAACUCCCAUGAUAAAUGGAUCUGCUUUUCCACAUAUUUCGUCUGUUGCCCGUCCUGCUUCUCAAGGAGUCUCUAGCUUGCAGACUUCUUCACCACCUUCUACGUCCCAAGAGAUGAUCACAAAUGGUGAUAGUGUGCCAGAAGUAAAACCUAUUGUCAGUGGCAUGUCACAGCCCUUGCGUCCUGUGCCUCCUGCAGCUGCAAAUGUUAAUAUACUGAACAAUAUCUCUCAAGCACGACAGGUGCUGAACUCUGCAGCGCUGACAGGAGGAACUUCCAUUGGACUCCAAUCAAUGGGUCAAACUCCUAUGGCUAUCCAUAUGUCAAACAUGAUUUCAAGUGGCAUGGCUUCAUCAGUGCCUGCUGCUCAAACUGUUUAUUCAUCUGGACAACCAAGCAUCACAUCUAUAACUGGAUCAGGGACUCUUACUGGGACUUCCCAGGUUCCACAAAAUUCAAGUCUUAAUUCAUUCACAUCUGCAACUUCUAAUAUAUCUGGAAAUUCAAACCUUGGGAUCUCACAGCCAAUGGGUCCUCUCCAAGGAGGUGUUAGUAUGGGUCAAUCUGUACCUGGUUUGAGCCAGGGAGAUCAUUCAGGAGGACAAAUGGUACAAAGUGGAAUCAGCAUGAAUCAGAAUAUGAUGACUGCUCUCGGUCCAUCAGGGGUCUCUUCUGGAACAGGCACCAUGAUUCCUACUCCAGGAAUGUCUCAACAAGCACAAUCUGGAAUUCAGACUCUUGGUCCACAACAAAUGUCAAGUGCAUUGCAAUCUUCUCAAUCUAAAUACGUCAAAGUGUGGGAGGGAAAUUUAUCUGGACAGAGACAAGGGCAGCCUGUCUUUAUCACCAAACUGGAAGGUUAUAGGAGUUCAUCAGCUUCCGAGACGCUCGCAGCAAAUUGGCCUGCAACAAUGCAAAUAGUUCGACUCAUAUCUCAGGACCACAUGAAUAACAAGCAAUAUGUUGGAAAGGCAGAUUUCCUAGUUUUUCGGGCAAUGAAUCAGCAUGGGUUUCUUGGACAGUUGCAAGAAAAGAAACUUUGUGCAGUCAUCCAAUUGCCAUCACAGACAUUGCUGCUCUCCGUUUCUGACAAGGCCUACCGUUUGAUAGGAAUGCUUUUCCCUGGGGAUAUGGUAGUAUUUAAACCACAGAUACCCACCCAGCAGCAACCACAACACCCACAGCUGCAAUCGCAGAUGCAACACCCACAGCUGCAACAGCUGCAACAGCAGCAGCUUCCGCAGCUACAACAGCAACAGCAGCUGCAGCAGCAGAUCCCACCGCAGCUGCAACCACAGCAACAGCAGCAGCAGAUCCCGCAGCUGCAGCAACAGCAGCAGCUUCCACAACUGUCUCAAAUGCAACAGUCACAACAGCUAUCGCAGCUUCAACAACAACAGCAGCUGCCACAGCUGCAGCAACAACAGCUACCACAGCUGCAGCAACAACAACUUCCCCAGCUGCAGCAACAGCAGCAACUCCCUCAGCCACAACAGAUGGUUGGUUCUGGCUUGGGCCAAGGCUAUGUUCAAGGUCCAGGUCGGACACAGUUAGUUUCUCAGAAUCAAGUUUCAUCACAAGGGCCUCCUAACAUGCCUGGAGGCGGUUUUAUGAGUUAAUUACCUUUAGUUUUUCUGCGAAGGGAUAUUCGCAAACAAGAAACUGUGGUUGUUUAGGCCCUCUAGACACCAAAAGUGUGCCGUUUCAUCUCUUGACUAGGGUGGUUUAGUGCAUGGCUUGCCUUUAAUUUAAAUUUGACCAUAUUUUAUAAAGUAUCGUAUCCCAUUUGGAUUUUA